AUGUCCAGCUUCAGAUGCUUUGCUGUGCUGCUGCUGCUGCUGCAGCUGCAGCUGCUGUUCCUCGCCAGCUUCGUGCUCGGCCGACCCAGCGAUGCGCCCGCCCUCAACGAGGUGAGCUCCCAGGAAGAUGGACAGCCCAACGAUGACUAUAUCAAUAAUGAUAUGGUGCAGCAAAUCUCGGCCAUGCCCUCUCCCGUCGUCGGAGGCGCCUUCUACAAGCAGCGACACGCCUUCUAUAAUCCGCCGCCCGCCCAGCUGUGGCGCAGCUCGUUCCUGCGACGCUUCUACCAGGUGCCCGGCUCCUCCGUCUAUCCCGAGCUGGCCAUAUCGCCCGGCGGCGGCAACUACUACAGCAACGAGGUGCUGCCCAUGUCCACCUACGAGAUCAUCGAGCCGGAGACCAUGUUCUAG